AUGCUGACCUUUUCCUUAUCUCCUUUCCUUGCUUUCAUUUCCCAACUUCUUGCUUUCCUUGCUCGCUUUAUUCUUGCUCUCCUUCCUCGCUUUAUUCUUGCUCUCCUUCCUCGCCUUAUUCUUGCUCUCCUUUACGUUACUCUUCAUUUUUUACUAUCUUUCGUCCUUGCUCUCCUUUUCCUAUCCUCCUCGCUCUACUUUACCUUGCACAUAUUUCAUUUACUCUGUUUCUUCGCUCUCUUUUUACUUACUCUCGUUUUUCUUUGCUCUCUUUUUAUCUCUUCCUCCUUGCUCUCCUUCUCCUUGAUCUCCAUCUCCUUGCUCUCCUUCUCUUUGUUCUUAUUUUCUUUACCUCUCUGUUUCGUUGAACUCCUUUUAGUUACACUCUUUUUUCCUUUCUCCUCGCUUCCUUACCGUCCAUUUUGCACUCUCUGUUUCAUUUCUUCUUCUUCUUCUUCUUCUUCUUCUUCUUCUUCUUCUUCUUCUUCUCCUCUCUAUUUGUCUAUGCUCUUAUUUUCUUUACUCUACGUUUCUCUUGCUCCCUUUAAACGUACUCUCCUUUUUCUAUUUUUGUGCUUCUUUCCCUCUACCUGCUCCCCUUCUACUUAUUUUCGAUGUCCUUCCUCUCCUUACCCUCCGUUUUCUUACUCUCCUUUUUCCCUUAAUCUACAUUUUCACCCCCCCUGCCAGUCUCUCAUCUCCUUCCUUUGCUCUCUUUUUACUUUCUUUUCUUUUAUCCUCCUAGUUCUACUUACUCUCUGUUUCCCCGGCUCACUUUUUACGUACUCUCCUUUUUCCUUGCACUCCAUUUUCUUUGCUCUCCUUUAUUAUGAGACACCUUACUCUCCUUUUUCUAAGUUUCCGUUUCCUUGCCUCUUUUUGAUUUUCUUAUACUCUCCGUUGUUCUGCUAUCAAUUUACUUACUCUCCUUAUUUCUUGCUUUCCUUUUCCGUUCCUAGUUUUCUACCUCUUCCCAUUACUCAGGCAUUAAUUCAUCCUUUCGAACAAACAUCGGGCGUGGUCACACAGAAUCACCGUUACGGAGAAUGA